GUCGGUUAACCUGCAACCGCCAUUUGUUUAGCGCGAGCGAGCGAUGCCGGCGGAGAUCCGGAGAGUUUCCCAGCAACAAGUUGGAGUGGGACGUACAUAGUCGGAGAAAAGUGCGAUUGCUGCUCAGAAAUUAUCAUCGAAGGGGAUUUCAUCCUCUCUCACUGAAAUAUCCCUGACUUAACACGGGCUCUGGGGGAAAAAAAAUCCUGCCUAUUUUCUUGAUCACCUUGGUGAAUUCUGAGCCGAAACUGGACGUUUGGCAGAAAUUAGCGAGGGGACGCUAGGUUUGGUGUAACUACUCUUCCCAACUUUACUACUCUUUCCCUGGUUUGCCCCGGAGCAGCAGGCUGGUAGAAUCUUGCCUGUGUCAUGCCGACGAGAGUGGAUGACACCAUGGAGUAUGGAACAGGUGACUCGAUCAAAGUGAAAGCUCACUACAAAGGGGAUAUACUCAUCACAAAUCUUGAUGCAGCAAUCAAUUAUGAAGGAAUGUGUUCUGAAGUAAGAGAUAUGUGCAAUUUGCAGCAGAAUCAGCCAAUUACACUGAAAUGGAUUGACAAUGAAGGAGACCCAUGCACAGUUUCUUCCCACAUGGAGCUGGAGGAAGCAUUUCGUCUAUAUAAUCAGAAUGGAGAAUCGCGCCUCAUUAUCCACGUAUUUCCCAGCAUUCCUGAAAAACCAGGCAUGCCAUGCCCAGGAGAGAACAAAUCAAUCUAUAGGCGUGGGGCAAGAAGAUGGCGGAAGCUCUACCGUGUGAAUGGACAUCUCUUCCAAGCCAAACGAUUUAACAGAAAGGCCUACUGUGGAUACUGCAGUGAAAGGAUAUGGGGUCUAAGCAGGCAGGGUUACAAGUGUAUCAACUGCAAGUUGUUGGUCCAUAAACGUUGCCACAGACUUGUUCCUUUGACCUGCCAAAGGCAUAUGGAUCCGGCCAUGCCUUCCCCGGAACCCCCAAUUGAAGACAAGCCUGAUGAAGUUGACAUCCCUUCAGAAGAUCCCGAUGGAAUUGUACCAUAUCUGCCACAUAAUCGGACUAAAUUAGACAAGGUCACAGAUGAUUCAGAGGAUCUCAAGCCUGUGGUUGAUGGUGUUGAUGGGAUCAAGAUUUCUUCAGUGCUGGGUUUGCAAGAUUUUGACCUAAUACGAGUUAUUGGACGUGGCAGCUAUGCUAAAGUUCUCCUUGUACGUUUGAAGAAAAAUGACUGUAUUUAUGCGAUGAAGGUUGUGAAGAAGGAGCUGGUCCACGAUGAUGAGGAUAUUGAUUGGGUACAGACAGAAAAACAUGUGUUUGAACAAGCCUCCAGUAACCCAUUUCUUGUUGGUCUUCACUCUUGUUUCCAAACAGAAAGCAGGUUGUUUUUGGUUAUAGAAUACGUCAAUGGCGGUGACCUCAUGUUUCAUAUGCAAAGGCAGAGAAAGCUUCCUGAAGAACAUGCCAGAUUUUAUGCUGCUGAAAUUUGUAUUGCUCUCAACUUUCUUCAUGACAAAGGAAUCAUAUACAGGGACUUGAAACUGGACAACGUUCUCUUGGAUUCUGAUGGCCACAUCAAGUUAACAGAUUAUGGAAUGUGCAAGGAAGGACUUGGACCUGGUGACACUACCAGUACUUUCUGUGGCACACCUAAUUAUAUAGCACCUGAGAUAUUGAGAGGAGAAGAGUAUGGUUUCAGUGUAGAUUGGUGGGCACUUGGUGUACUGAUGUUUGAAAUGAUGGCUGGAAGAUCCCCGUUUGACAUCAUCACUGACAAUCCAGACAUGAAUACCGAGGAUUAUCUGUUUCAAGUCAUUCUGGAGAAGCCCAUUCGAAUUCCUAGAUCACUUUCUGUAAAAGCUGCCAGUGUCCUGAAGGGAUUUCUAAAUAAGGAUCCUAAAGAGCGACUUGGGUGUCAAUCACAGACAGGGUUUGCUGACAUCCAGACUCAUACCUUUUUCCGCAGCAUAGACUGGGAUCUGUUGGAGAAGAAGCAGGUGACUCCUCCAUUUAAGCCACAGAUCACUGAUGAUUAUGGUUUGGAAAACUUUGACACUCAGUUUACAAGUGAACCUGUUCAGCUCACACCAGAUGAUGAAGACGUAAUAAAAAGAAUUGACCAGUCGGAAUUUGAGGGAUUUGAAUACAUUAACCCAUUACUGAUGUCAUCAGAGGAAACAGUGUGAACAAGUAGCAUCUGAAGGCGGGACUGUUUUACCUCAUUUGUUCAAAGGUCAGCUUCAGUAAACUUCAGACUCAAUUUUGACUUCUCAAGUUGGUGACUUCUUUCCUAACCUACCUGCAUGCAAGGUUGUGGAUCUGGUGCAAGAUUUCCAAGAGUACCGCAAACCAUGGUGACUGCUGCCUGAGUAACAAAAAUGAAGGCUGUUUUAAUGGUAGUGUUGUAUCAACAGCCACAGUUUCUCCUUAAAAACUGAACUUUGAUUCAACUGGCAUUUUAUUAAUGAAGGGAAGACUGCCUGACCCGUGCCUGCUUCCAUGAAGGAAUACUCCUUUUGUUCCCUCAAAAUAAGGAAUUAUAUGAUGGUUUCUAUGAAGGAACUUGGAGACACUGCACUUUCUCUCUCUCUUUAUAAGUAGAUAUUCAGAGGUUUGACCUCAAGAGAAGGAAUGUACUGUACUAUAUUAUUUAAGAACAGUAGUAUGGGUAUCUACACCUUUACCUGAGAUUGCCUUUUGACAACUGGCUAAUGUGAUUUACAAACCACUGGCUCUAACCAAUACAUAAGCAAUAAAGUACAAGAAAUCUGUGCUCUGUUGGUCAAUAAUGUACACUUGGAUUGAUCUUGGUUUAACAUUCUACAGUCAAGAUCUAGUCCAGUAAUACUUAAUUAACCAGUGAAUCACAGUUCUUGCUAAUUGCUGCUAUACUAUAUAAUGCCAUGGAACAACUGGAUUUAAAGAAUUAAAAAAGCUGUGUUUUUUACCAUAUUGAAUAUUGUGUAAUAUACACAGCUAGAUGCAAGUUAAUUUUUCAUGAUUAUUCACCAGGUUUUUUUUAACUACACUGUAGAUUGCAGCUAAAACUAAACUGUUUUUGGUUUCUUGCUAGACUUGCCCGAGUGUCCCCUGUUGAAAUUAAUUUUCAUUUACUUAUGAUAAAGAUAAUAGGAUUAUGGCUUGCAAAGAACAUAAUAUACUGUAAUAAUGUUUGUCCUUCUCCCAUAAGUGUACUAAAGUAGACAAAAGAUUUGUAUUUGUUAGAAAUGGUAACUUUGAUUAAUGCUGCAUUUAAAAGCUUCAAGUAGUGCAGACCAUCGUUUAACCCUUAAAUCAAAACUGAUUAAUGAAACUGGAUGGGCACUAGGAAGGUUAAUAAUCUGAACUCACUAAUUUCUAGAUAUCAAGCUAGUAACAAACCAGCAAUAAAAAGAUAUUUCAUUUUUGUAGCCAAUAUUUUAUUCAAAAUCCAUGAAGUUGCAUUUUUCCUCCCAAGUUUUUUUUGUCUACUCACAUUUCAAUACUACUUUCUCUUUAUUUUUUAAAACAGCUUCUAAUCCAGAAAUUAGUAAAUUCUGUAUGUAUGUGGAUUCCAAAGAUUUGUUUUGAGACAGUGAAGUGCCUAAAAUGUUCUCUGACUGGAUCAGGUAUUUCUUUUAAAAAUUAGUUAUAACCAAUCCAGGAUAAAAAAUCUACAGGGAUGUCAGAAAGAACAAUGUAUUAAAAUUAUCACAAUUCCACCAAUGUACAUAUAUAAUUCAUAAUUUAUAUUUAGAACAGUGCGAUCUGCUGCUUUCUAAAAGGAGGGGAGCAUGCCAGUCUCCAAAUCAUUUCUAUGAACAAAAGAUUAAUACUUUCAGGUCCAUGGCUUGCCAUUGCUCUGCUUCUAUGGUAAAAAUGUAAAAAAUCAAUUGAUAUAAUUAGUAAAUAAUGAUCAGCUUAAGCAUUGUGCUAUUAAAAUAUUUAAAUAAUUACUACACAAUGACUUAUAAAUCCAUAAUUUCUGCAGCUUUUUUUGGUGGUACCAUGAAUUGAUUUUAGACGAUUCAACCCUUACAACCACUUAAGUCCUGGAACAAUCUUUAUAAAAUUCUCCUUUUGUUAUUUUUUCUGUUAAUUAUGAGUUUGUAACAGUUAUAUCUUUAUGUAGGCUCAAGCAAACUUGAAACAUGAGAUCAUUACCAGAAACUGUAAUAAUAAAAUAUAUCAUCGUGCCUGCAAAAAAAUAAAUACAAACAUUUGUAAAUAAAUUAUGAUUUUGUCCCAUUCCACUCAUGAUAUUGCACAAUUUAGAUUAACUUUAAAUGUUGGAAAAUGUAUCAUUUGAAAAAAAAAUCCUUGAAACAUACAACAGAUCCAUAGGCAACUAAAGAUAAGAAACAGUACUAUUUUAUGAGAAAGGGCAAAGAUCCAUGUGUUAAAUGUACACCAUUUUUCUGGACCUGCUCAAUUUCAGUUUAUCUUCACAACUACAGAAUCCUGUUUAAGAAAGAAAAAGAUGUACAAAAAGCUGGCUGUAUGCCAGCCUGAGCACAGUUUGCUCAAAACUAGGUUUAUGGCAGGCAAAGGAAUUAAUUCACACACUCACCCACAUCCUUUAAUUUAAUCAGAAGAUCCAUGGCAUUAUAUAUACUGACUGGAACUGCACACAACUUAGCCAAUCAGAUUUUAACCAUCUGGUCUAUGACAUUACUGGAUAUUAGGCCGGCUGCCAAUUUUAGAAGUCUGUAUGCAAACUGACAUGUAAAGCAGUGGUUUCUUUCUGUUGCCAAAUACUCCGCCAUUUGCUAGUUCAUUCCUCUUCAUUUUUGCUAUGUGAACUGUGUGUGUGCAUCAUAGAGGUUGAUUAUAUUGUGCUGAGGGGGAAUUGUUUUUCAUUUGUUAAGUACUUUAUUUUAUUUCAAAAUUAUAAAGAAUGUCAUCUAAUUGUGCUAAUAUAAUGUUUCCAUGGUCAGGUUAAAUAGAUGUAUAUUCUCCAAAGGCAAUUCAGAAUAAGAAUGGGAUUGUAACCAGUGCUUGAUCAGUGCAAAUACUGGGAAGAGGUGUUAUAUCUAUCCUUGCUUCUCUUUUUAAUGUCUAUAAAUAUAAUAAUGAACAGAAGCACAGAGCCAUGUCUACUUGGGCUCCAAAUUGUAUGUCAAUUUUUCUUGAGAAACUGAUAAUGUUGGAAAAGCAUAGAAAGUUGUCAGCAUUUGAAAAAAAAUUGAGGUCAAUAUUUCUGGUAGGACCAGUCACCAAAACUGAUGAGCUGUACACAGAAUGAUUAUCUUUGGUGGUAAAGACCAGCUAUGGUAAUCCCAAUCAGGAAAAUGCAGAGGGCACAUACCAAGUAGUGGACUGGACCACAACUACCACAGCUUGGGCUCCCUGGUGUGUCAGUUUUUCAAACAUUUCCCAAACAGACUAAUUUUAUUCCAAACACUGUUCACUUGUCCUUCUGUGUACUUGUUUUCUAUCUGCCUGAGGAAAGUCAAAAUCGUUUCAAGUUCCGCCACAAAGUACAUUUUUUAUUUACCUCUCAGUUCAAAAAGAGUGGAAAAAUCAGCCAGUGCCACAGAACAAAGGUACUGUCAAUGAAUUAAUUUUUGAUUCACAAUAGGGCAGUGUCAUUUUUUUUUUAACCUUUUAAGAAUUGCACCAAUGAAACACUCCCUCCAUUUCUUCUGUGGUCCAACUAAAAAAUUGAAUGGUCAGAGGCAAAUGCAGACUUCUUAGAUUAUAGAACACUGCUACCUGUAGUGAGGUAGAAUAGGGGAAUUAAAAUCUCACUGAAUUGUGAUCCACACCAGUUUUUUUCUAAUAGAAAAAUGAGCACAGAAAGGAGGCUAUCAUGCCUGUGUCCCUGCUAGGAUCCUACCAAAGGCCAAUUUCCCUGCAUCCUUAAAUAUUCCAGCUGGGUCCCUAUAAUUUAAUCCUUGGGAGCAUUAAAUAUUAUCCUUGACCAAAUGACAUAUAUGUCAUUGCCCAAUGUGCCACAUUCUUUUUAGCUUUCUUAACUGUCCAUCUAAAUUAUUUUGCCAGUCAGUGGUUUCUGUGCCACUGAAAUCUUGGAGCAUCUCUUUUGCUCAUGAUCGUUCUCCACAAUAAUUUAUUCAGAAAUUGGAUAGAAAUAGGAGGGGAAGGGUUGCAAGAGAUUUUUUUUUAAAUUGCAGCCCAGCUGCCCCAAAUUAUUACCAAUGUCUGAACUUUAUUUGCUGUAUGCACUUAAUUUUAGCAAAGUUUCAGUCUGCAGAUGUACAGAACAAUUUCUGGGACAUUGCAAUGGGAAACUGUGCCUAAGGAAAAAUAAUCAGUUUGGUCUGACCUGUUAAAAUUUAAUAAGGUUCUGGUACAAGUGCACAGUGGUCUAACUUUGAUUAGCCUUUAAGAAAUUAGAGCUAACUUAAUGACUGUAAAAUAGUGAAAUGUUCAUUGUAGUUAUUUUGUAUGAUGACAGUUGAUUUAUGGGUGUGAAUUGUACUGUUCUUGCCUAUUCUCAUAAAAAAAUUGCUAAUUUGAAAAAAAAAUCUCAAGGCUUCUUUGCCGUUCGAGGUCAAUUAUUGUGGGGGAAAUGGCUGAACAAAUCUAUAACCAGUAAAGAACAGGUUUAUUCUUGCACAUUUGAGUUAACUAUUCUAGUGAAAGUAUACAAUAGUUGAUACAAUAGUUGACAUCCAAUGUGAUGUCCUUCUAGCAUAUAACCCAGUUCUGUAGGUGCUAUUUACAUACUGUCAUAGCAAAUAUCUUCCCAAGAGUUAGUUUUUAAAGAAUCCAUCAUCAUGGAAAAUGUUAUAUAGCAGUAAGUGCAGUGAUCUAAUAACUUUCAUAGUUCUCACAAAAGGUAAGAAAAGAAGUCAUUUCUUCCAAGUAGGGAUGCAGUAAAUCAAAAGCAAACUGCACUUGUAUGAAUAAGCUAAAAGGUUGAACCUUAUCAGUGGUCAUUGUUGCUGGAUUGAGAAAGGUUUGCCUUUUUGGCUGUUUUAAAUAACUAUUAUUGUUUCUCCUAGACUCCUUUGUAUUAAUCUGAUCAAAAGGACUGUUAAACAUUACUGGUUUUGACAGACAAUCUGCACGUCUUCACUU